UUUCUGCAAGGUUUAGGAGAAUGCCAAGAUCAACAGUUUCCUGAUAAAUCUGGUCACUGUACCACUGCAAAAGGCGAGAACUUUAAGCGGCCACCAGUUUUAAUAGCCUUAACUCACAAUGAUAAGGUGAAAGGCAACGACAGCAAAAUAGAUAGCGUACGAAAUAGAAUCAAGAAGGUCUUGUCUGGAGGAAAAUAUGAGAAUGUCAUGCCAGAGUUUUUCCUGAUCGACAAUACAUUGGUGGGCGACGACGGAGACGACGUGCGAAAGCUUCGUAGAAAGCUUUUUGAGUUCUCGAAUGCAGUCCUUAACCAGGAGAUUUUAAUGCCUGUGAAGUGGCUAGAUUUUGAAGUUGCUCUAAGCCAGAAGCUAUCACCAGAUUGCAAGUAUAUCUCAAUUGACGAAGCUAAGCGGAAAGCGGAGAUCUGUGACAUUGGGAAGUUUGAUCAAGCUAUCAAAUUUUUACACCGCCAAGGUGUGGUCGUACACCACAGUGGAUCCAGCAAGGUUGUAUUGGAUCCUCACUGGCUAAUGAAUCGCUUUACGAAAGUGAUCUCCAUGCCUGUCAAAUUGGAUGCAUUGUCCAGGCACGCUCUUGAUGUGUUCGAGCAGAAAGGCAUUUUGUUUCGAGAAUAUCUUCAGAAGCUGGAAGACGCAGAACUUUUAGAAGAGCUUAUGCAAAAGUUCAAUUUGAUUUGUCCUUGCCAGCACGAGGGGAAGGCAGCUUUUUAUGUCCCUUCAGUUGCCCCAACUAUGAUACCAGGAAAAGAGUUGGAAGCUAGCAAUGUUCCAUCGCUCUUUGUAACAUUCCCUCGCAAACUUGUACCGAUGAGCCUGUUUACGAAGCUUCAAGUGAAGUUAAUUUCUGAGUGGAAAAAGCGCUUCCCCAAUCAACAAGCCACGCCUUCUUUCUACUGCAACUACUCCUUGCUUCCGCUUAUUAUAGACGGCGACGUGUAUGAUGUUUGUUUAAUCGACUUCCACGAGUUCAUUAAGGUUGCCGUUUUUCCGAAACAGGAUGGCAACCAUUUCAAGUUUGCCAGUCAUCUCUUAGCCACCUUGAAAAAGUGCUUGGACGACCUUAAAUCUCCAGAUCAACUAUUAUUCAGCAUGACCAGCUAUAACCUCGAAGUGGAAUGUACCUGCUGUUUUGGUAAAGAAGAAAGGAAAUGUUCUCGUCAUCAUGAGAUCCAGUGUCAUUCAGACCGUUGUGGGCACCGCCACUUCUGGAAGCUUAGUGACCUUCAAAGAUUCUACAACGAUAAAUCCCCCGCAGUUUGUCGGUCGGACAAACGCUCGUCCAAGGUGUUUGACAUAAAGAGUGUAAAAAUUUGGCUCAAUACUGGUAAGUGGCUAAUGCUAAAGACGUUUUUCAAUUGCUAUGUUUAA